GACGCAUUUUGUAGCUGCACCACAAUCCGGAAGUAGUUCGCUCAGACCACGUUUGGUCCGUUUUCAUCCACCAGAACAUAAGUGAUGUUUUACUGCAGCAGCGGCGGCUCGGAGCCGCUCAGCGGGUCUAAAACUGAUAUUGUGAGAGGAAUCAUCACCGAGAAGCUGACCACGGCCGCCCAGGAGAUCUUCGCGGUGGUGGAGAGGAUCGUAACCGACUACGAGGCGGAGGCUUCGGGCUUCAGGCAGCAGGUGGACCGCCAGAGGAGGCAGCUGGAGCUCCUGCAGCCUCGGGUCAAACUCCUCAGAGAAGAGCUGGUCCCAGAUCAGCGCAGCCAUGAGGUGGUGGCUGCUGGUGAGGAAGAGGAGCAGCCAGAUGAGGAGGAAGCAGCAGAGAGCCAGGACCUGCCGCCUGUGACUGAUGAGGAGGAUGGUGGUGAUGAUGCUGGUGAUGAUGAUGAUGAGCAACAGCCCCCAGCAGACAUUGGACCAUUCCAAGAUAACCUGAAAGACCCAGAUUAUACAAUCCCAUCAAGGUCAAAUUCUUCCAUGAUUCACCAGGUCAGAAAGGGACCCGGCAGGCCUCGGAUCAAAGAUAAAUACGAUGGACUAGAACUCAGAGUCCGGUUACUGGAGGACCCUAAGAUGGAAGGGCUUUCUAAUAAAGUGUUUAAGAAAGCUCCGGUCCAGGACCUGAAGUGUCCUCGUGGUCUACAGGAGUCAGACUUCAUGGACCUCCUGAGGUCCUCCUUCCCUCAGCUGGCUAACGGAGAACCUUUUGACCUCUUCAAAACCGAUCGCAGAAGGAAGCUGCUGCCUCUGAGAGUGAAAGCUCUGACUCCAGAGGAGAUCCACGAGACCGUUAACUGGCCUAGUAGAUGUGGACAAUUACUGACCCUCUACCUACGACUGAAGAACGGUGAGCAAAACAAUCUCAACAAGGAAGGAGAACUUUGUGAUUUUCCAGCAAUGGUUGAGCCUCCAUCUGCUGAACCAGUGCACCUACAGAACAACGAGGCUGAGAUCCAUCAAAGUGUAAUCGAUAAAAGCAGAGACCAUCUGUCCAGCAGCUUAACAAGAUCACAAGGCCAGGAACUGAAACCGGAGGAAGGAGCUGAGAAUGACUCCAGCAAUGAUGGACAGGAGAAGCUAGACUCGGGUGACUGGGACCCAGAGCUGGAACCUCCAACCAAACCAAAAAGAAGGGGAAAUAAAUCUAAAAAGGCCGUAAAUCAGACUGAGAAGAAUAGCUGUAAAGUGUGUGGAGUCUGGUACAGGCAGCUGGCAGGUUUGAUCAAACACUCCUGGAGUCACGUGGAGCAGCAGCAGGAUGUCUGUGGCGUCUGUGAGGAGAAGUUUGAUUCAGUGGAAAAGUUAAAGGAACAUCUACAAAAUCACCAGAAACUUCACGGCUGUUCACUCUGUGGGAAGACUUUUGUUUCCCUUGCAAGUCUCAAUAAACACAGAGCUAGACACGCAGUGAAGCGGGCUUUUAAAUGUCUGAUUUGUGACCAAAGCUUCGAUAACAUGUCUGCUCUGUACCAUCAUCGUCUGUCACACAGAGAAGAGAAACCACACCAAUGUGACAUUUGUCAGAAAUCGUUUAUUUUGGAGAAGCAGCUCACGGCACACCGAGAGGCACACUCCAGAGUUGAUGAAUACUCCUGCAACAUCUGUAAUAAGCCUUGUACUGACCGCAGAGGUCUGACCCAGCACAGGUUGAUCCACUCAGCAGAGCGACGAUACGCCUGCGAGGUCUGUGGGAAACGCUUUAAACUUCACAAUACACUGAAGGCACACAUGAGAACUCACACCGUCCAAGACCGACCGUUCCUCUGCCACAUCUGCAGCAAAACCUUUCCAUCUCAACCAGGUCUUAAGAAACACAUCCGGAUUCACAGCAGUGAGAAAACGUUCAUCUGUGAUGUGUGCGGGAAAACUUUUGGAUCAAACGGAAGUCUAAGUCUUCACUCAAAGACUCACAGCAGCGAGGCGCCAUACCAAUGCUCCGAGUGUGGACGCUGCUUCAAACAUAAAUGUCACCUGAAGAAUCACGCCUUUCUGCAUUCCGGCAUCAAACAGUUCGUCUGUGGGAUUUGUGGGAAAGCGUGUUAUCGACAGGAACACCUGAAGGUUCACAUGAGGACCCACAAUGGAGAGAAACCCUACAAGUGCUCCAUCUGUGAGAAAGCCUUCACCCAGAGCCACUGUCUGAAAACUCACAUGAAGAUCCACCAGACCUCAGAAAUCCCUGUCGCUGGUCCGCCAGAGUCCUCGGUGACAUCAUCAGCUGAACCUGCUUCAGUGCUGAUGAGCAGCGACUCUGAACUGAACUCUGCUAGAUCUUGAAUGUGAUGAAUGAUGAUGUCGCUAAAUGAUUAUUCUGAUUUAUAGCUGUACCCCUGACCAGGAUUAUUAUUACCGAAUACUAACAAAAUAACAAAUAAUAGAAUAAAAAAAAAGUUCUCGUUAAUUAAAAUAAAAAAGAAAAAUUGAAAAGUAAACUAACUGAAAGUGUAAACUAACUACUUUUUAGAGGUGCUGGUCAUAAAAUUAGAAUAUUCUGACAAAGAUAAUUAAAGUAAUUCCAUUUAAAAAGUCAAA